AUGAAAUUAUCUCAGCUAUCGUCAAUAGCAAAUAAAAUAGCUUCUUUGCCUAGCUCAAAAUCAUAUAUACAUAAAAAUGGCGUGGCGAAACCUACCUGCCCUCUUAACACCUGUAGCUGGGAGAGAAUCCGGGGACCUUGUAGAAGGGAGGAUAGCGUCUGGUGAUGUUUAUCCAGCCGGGUUUUACUUGGUCUGGUGGAGCGCAACAUCGGGGUGCCGACCGCAAGCUCAUCUCCAGCAUCAGGUUUUACCCGAGGAGGAUGGGACUUGGAAGUUGUAAAGGGAUAGCCCAACAAGGCCAGAGGGCGUUCGCUUGGCCAUUCGGGCAUUCCCUAGCGUGAAACCGGGAGUUAGCCCCUGGCUACGAGUUUCAUCUUGGCUAACAACCCUGGCCAGAAAAUUCAUUUUUGGAAUUUUCGGAAAAGGUAAACCUCUUUCGAGGUACGGUACGGUGACCCAGUGUCUUUAGCUCUGGGUAGCAAGUGCCUGAGGGAGCAACACAAUUACUGAAGGCUGUGAUUCCAGACUGGCGAGAAAGGGGGUGGAGCGAUACAAGGGACGUGAUAAGCCGACAUGACUAGCUGGGAGCUUCUCUAUAAUCUAAUUAAGUAAUUAAGUAAGCCUAGCUCAAAAUCAAGAAAAAUUGUGGAGAUUGCCCCAUCAAUUGAUGAUUUACAAGCAGCUGUGGAGCUGCCGAUAGGCGAGGAUCUUAAUGAGUGGUAUGCGGUUCAUAUCCAUGAUUUUCAUAACGAAAUCUAUUUGCUUUAUGAUUCGAUUUCUGAACUUUGUACAAGUAGAACUUGUCCAACUAUGUCAGCUGGGGAAAAAUAUGAAUAUUUUUGGGUUGACGCUGAAGAAACAAAGCAGCCGACAAGGGUAACUGCAUAUGAGUAUAUAACAAAUGUUAUACAGUAAUAGAUUGGCUCCUAAUUAAAAAAAUUAAUUUUUCUUUUUUAAAAAAAAAUUAAAAUAGCUUGGCCAUGAUGACUGGUAUAUGUCAUGGAUUGAAAAUUUGUUAGAAAAUGAAAUGUUAUUUCCGACUGCAGAAAAAAAAAAUUUUCCUGCAAUGUUUGUGCUGAUUGUGAAAACGGUUUUAAAUAGACUUUUUAGGGUGUACGCUCAUAUAUAUUAUUCACAUUUAGAUGACGUUAAUGAAUUGGGGCUGGAGUUUCAUUUAAAUACAUCAUUCCGCCAUUUUGUGUACUUUGUUAACAGAUUUAAUUUGAUGAAAGAAAGAGAUAUGGAGCCACUGAGGGAAGAAAUAAGCUGCUUUAUGAAGAUGAAAGGGAGGAAUCUGUAUUCAAAAUCUAUUGCCUGCACGAUGAGGUAA